UGGGCUACUCGUUCAAAAGUUACAGCCCUUUGAAUUUUUUUCUAGUCGUUAACUUUUGAUUGAGAAGUCUGAUUGCGAGUUGCGACCAGAGACAUGUAUAAACAACAUUCCUAACCUCAAAUAAAUUUGAAUGGUUGUGAAUGUCUGAAAAGUCAAGACUGUGUUCCAAAUAAUGUUGUUAUUAAGAAAUAGUAAAAUGUUUUUAUUUACUAUACGUUACAGCGGGGUUCCGCUUUUAGAAAACUAAUAGCGUACAUUUAUCUGUUUCAUAUUUCGUCCUACCCACAUCUUGCAAUGGCACAUUUACCCCACAGAACAUCUAUAUUACAAGACCGUCUACAAAAAUUGAAGAACAGCGAGGCAAAUUGUAGAAAAAUAUGGCAACAGUACCAAAUUGUUGCGAAGUACUAUGAAAGUAAUCCAGUUGGUCCAUGUCCCUUCUCCAUAACUGAAUUACAUAAAAACACUUUUCGAACCAAGACAGUAAAAAUUAACAACUCUAUAUUUGAGGUGUUGCGAAAGCGUAUGUUUGAGUUUCAGCAAGAUAUCUCUAAAAUCAAUGUUUUAAAUAAACAAUUUGAUGUAGAAACGAAAAAGUUUCUAAAGCAUCUCGGUAAAAGUAAUACAGCAUUGUGGCAAUGCAAUGGAGAGAAACUGUCUGUUGUCAAACUGGAUAAGCAAUUCUGAUUUAUCGGUCAAUUUGGAUCAGGACACAACUGCAUUUAAAACAACCAUAAUAUUUGACGAGUUUCUGUGUCAAUUUUAUAUUUAGUAAUAGAUACUUGCUACACGUUUUAAAUGAGUUUUCAUACAAGACCAUUCAACAAACACUCCUUAAACUACAAAACAAAUGAUAAACAUGUACAUGAAGCGCUGGAUAUCUGCGAAAUGCAAGAGAGUAUCAAGCAUUCUUUGCUUUGCACAGCGCCAAAGUGUUAUGAAAGGUAAGAACUUUUUCUGUUAAAAAUCAGGUUAAAAGUGAACAUGAGCACAUGUGGAUGAUACCAAAGACUAUAGGAUAGGUAGUCUUUGAUGAUACUUCCAUCUCAACUUCCAUUGACUUAUUGAUUAAACAUUUACAAUAAAUAGAAAAUAGCGAGUUUUGCUUAAUAUGCAACGUAGGUUUAGUAAAUUAGCGAAAAAUCGAAUAGACCCCAAAAUAACUCGAGCAGGAAGCCCAAGCGUUAUACCAUUUCAUGUACCUCACAAAAAGCUUUUAGAAAAAAUAGAAAGCAAGCGGCAAGAAAAGGAACCUUUGACCGGCUAUUUAAAUCGACAAAAUGCGUUGUGUAAACAUAAAACAUUUUUUGAGGACAGUUCAACAAAAAAAAGAUCACGUCUUUCGUUAGACAAGCAUAAGUCUAAGGUACUGUUUGCCUCUCCCAGAGAUCUUAUUAGAACACCAAGAGUAGUAGGCAGUACCUUUGUUUUGCCACAUCAUCGCUUGCCAGAGGUUGUUGAUCAAGCCGAAUUAAUAAAGCAGUUCAAAGAGGAAAAGGGUGGCUUCUUUAUUUAUAUGAUUUAUGCAUGUCCCAGGUCGUCAGAAUAUUAUACACCCUACGCUUUAAAAAUUGUUCCGUACAAAGAAAUUGAUAAAUCGAACUUUAUGACAAUGAGUUCGCAUGGAGUAAUGCAACAUGUAGGCACGGAGGUAGUAUUCACCCAUUUGCAUAAGUGGGAAUUGGAAUACAAUAUGUACUGCAGACUAAUGAAAAUUAAAUCGUUUUUUAAUUUUCGAUUGUGGAAGACAUUUUAUGUUUGGCGAAAAGGAAUCUUGUAUAAGAAGUUCCAGAAGGCGGCCACCUUCUUGAACGGUAACUUAUUCAUGCUUCUUCCAUCCCUGCGAGUGGCCCUUAUCGACAUUCAACACUUGUGUUACGUUACUGCAGGCUUAAAUUUUAUGGAUGUAUCUACGAUUAAAAAUUGGCACCUUUUCUACUUUAUUGAGGCGCAGAUGGAAAAAUUGGAAAUGGUAGUUCAUAAGUUGAAAGAAUUCCGAGAAGUUGUAAGGGAAAUAGUGGUAAAUGCGUGUCAUGGUGCGUUAUUGGCGCAAGGUUUCGUGGUCAAUGAAUAUUUGCUAGAGGACGGUCAAGGCAAAAAAAAAGAUCGGACUCUUAAAUUAUCGUAUAUUGAGCAAGCAAAGAAAGGAAAGUUUUGUCUGCGGCUCACGUGUUUCAUAACGCUUGUCGAUUAUAUGAUAAUAAAUAUGCUGCAUAACGUGACAAUGACAUCCUUUGUUGAACUAAUGGACACCUUCAAGCAACACUUAGAUUACUUACCCAGCCUUGGAACAUCGGAGCUGGCGGAAUACGACACGAGAAUUGAAAAACCAAGACCUGAAGGAUCAACCGAACUACCCUUGUUCAUUGUAAACGUGGUCGCGGGGUCCUGUGAAAUGGGUACGGAGCCCUGUUAUGAAACUGCCGAAGGAAUUUUCCAACAAAUCAUUGCUCUGUGGAUACAAUCUGUGAAAGACAUUAGGCCACUAAUUGCUGAUAGUGUGUACGAACCAUUCACAAAUCCUAUGAUAAAUGGGAAAAAAGAAGAUAGGAUAUGCGGUUACGGCCCACCCAUUUCUUUUUAUCUAGAAGACGAUGAGCAUCUGCAAAGCGUGCAGCAGGAAACUUUUAACUUGUUGAAGUUUAACUACGAAGCCGCUCAUGUUUACAUUCAAAGGCUUGAGCCAAUUCGAACAUUUUUUGCUGCUGACCUCGGUACUACAGCAGAGACCAUCGAAAAAGAAAGAGUACUGGAAGUUUUUAGAGGUUGGUGCACUCGUUAUCAUAAAGAAGUAGAAAUUGUCAAUACUGUGAUCGAUCUACAACCGCUUGGAAUUUUAUAUAUGAAUCAAAAAUUAUUCAAACAAACCAUUUUACCGGAACCCAAAAGACUGAUUAAUAUAAUCGAACAUACAAUGCCUUGCAUUGGUAAAGAUAAGGUUAAUGGCCUUCUCCAAGAAGCAGAAGAAUCCCAACUAUUUUUGGAGGUUCCUCCUACAACAACUCUCGAAAUUGUCGAUUAUCUGAUGUUUGUGGAGAAGGCAGUGUUGAGGAUGGACGAGAUGGAACUGGAACUGGAGUACUGUAAAGAAUUAUACGAUAUUAUGGAAGAGUUUCGUAUCAUGAUUGAUCCGGACGAAUUAUCGAACUAUUUAGGUCUCAGUAUAAACAUAGGUAAUCUACGAAAUUUAGUUGAUAAAAAGAACGAAGAACGACCUACAACCAUAAAGAAAUUGAACGAUCAGUUGAAUAAAGAUAUUAGCAACUUAAUAUCCGAAGUGGGAAUUAUCAAGGAUGAGUGUCUUGAACCGUGGUUAUAUGACAUAGAAUCAGAUGCCAAGGAAGCCACUAAUUUUCUUGACACAUUGUAUACUCGCCUUAGUGCUUGUCAAGGUCGCGCCGGAGAAUUCAAAUCCUACCAGAAGCAGUUUAGGAUGGAAGUCACCAGAUUUGAUAUGCUGGAUGAAGUAAUGAAUGAUUUGAAGCUACGCAUGCUGCUAUGGGAAAGUCUAGAUUCUUGGCAUAAAGAAGUUAAGGAAUGGUACACGACAGAUUUCCAAACAUUAAAUACGGAGGAAAUGAAUUUGUUUACGGCCAAGACCGUUAAAAAUAUAACGCAGCUCGAAAAGGGACUUCCGAGGAACUUAAUUCUGCCAAAGUUAAAGGACGAAGUUGAGCUGGUGAAGAAUAAGCUUCCUACCAUUACGUAUCUGCGCAAUCCGUCUUUGCGUCAAAGACACUGGCUCAAAAUUGAAAAUGUGCUCAAUCAUAAAUUCAAGGCUGAAGAAAUGAUUACCUUGACGAUGUUAGAAGAAUUGCGUGUGUUUGAUUAUCCCGACGAAAUUAUGGAAAUAUCCGGUCAGGCUAGUAGCGAGGCCGGACUUGAAUUGCUACUCAAAAAAGUCGAAGAAAGUUGGAAAACAAUCGAGUUCUCUGUUGUGCCACAUCGUGACGCUAAAGACGUGUACAUUUUGGGUUCGCUUGAAGAAAUUCAGGUGGUAUUGGAUGAUAGUAACAUUAACAUCGCUACAAUUGCUAGCUCUCGUCAUGUUGGACCUAUUAAACCUCGUGUGGAGGAAUGGGCGAGGCUACUAGACCUAUUUUCUCGAACAUUGGACGAAUGGCAACUCUGCCAACAAAGCUGGGUUUAUUUAGAGAUAAUAUUUUCGGCGCCCGAUAUUCAGCGUCAACUUCCCUCAGAAGCGAAAAUGUUUUUAAUUGUGGAUAAGUCGUGGAAAGAGAUUAUGAGACGUACGGCAAAGGUUCCUUUGGCAAUUGACGCAGCUACGUACCCCGGCUUGCUAGAGACAUUCAUUAAAAACAAUGCGCUUUUAGAGCAAAUUAUGAAAUGCCUCGAAUCAUAUUUAGAAACUAAACGUGUAUCUUUCCCACGAUUCUAUUUCUUGUCCAAUGACGAAUUAUUGGACAUUUUGGCGCAGACUAGAAAUCCGUUCGCCGUUCAACCGCAUUUGCGUAAGUGUUUCGAUGCCAUCGCAAAGUUAGAGUUUGGCACAAAGGUAGCAAACGAAGAAGAGGAUGAGGAAGGCACAGGCAAGCAGGAAGUUAUCAUGACAACGGAUAUUAUCGCCAUGAUUAGUCCGGAGGGAGAGAGGGUCGAAUUAGGAAAAGGGCUAAAAGCUCGUGGCAACGUCGAGGAUUGGCUGGGUAAAGUUGAGGAAUCAAUGUUCGUCUCGUUAAGAAGGCGAAUGAGGUUCUCACUUGAGCACUAUUUUACGUUGGCACGCGAGGAUUGGGUUGUUUGUCAUCCGAAUCAAAUUAUUCUGACAAUGUCUCAGGUGAUGUGGGCACGAGAUGUUCAUGCCAUCCUGGAUGGAAAUGGCAAUAAGCUAUCCGAACUUCCGAUGUUUGAAAAGAAGUGCAUCAUUAACCUGAACAAACUCGCUGGCCUGGUGCGCAAAGAUUUGACGCCAGUCGUACGAAAAAUAUUGGUCGCUCUUAUAACAAUUGACGUACAUGCGAGAGACACUAUCACCAGCAUGGCAAAAAAUAAAGUGCAAUCGAGUAUCGAUUUCGAAUGGUUGAAAAUGAUUCGAUAUUAUUGGCUCGAAAGUAUCGAUAAUUGUGUAGCACGUAUGUCAAGCGCCGAGCUACCAUAUGGCUAUGAGUAUCUGGGGGCCGGUGGUGUUCUGGUGAUCACUCCACUUACCGAUAAGUGCUAUUUGUGUUUAAUGGGAGCAUUACAGCUUGAUUUAGGUGGUGCACCUGCUGGACCAGCCGGCACAGGAAAAACUGAGACGACAAAAGAUUUAGCCAAAGCUCUAGCAAUUCAGUGCGUCGUGUUUAAUUGCUCGGAAGGUUUAGACUAUAAAAUGAUGGGACGAUUUUUCUCCGGUCUAGCCCAAUCGGGCGCUUGGUGCUGCUUUGACGAAUUUAAUCGUAUCGACAUUGAAGUACUAUCCGUAAUUGCACAGCAGCUGAUAACAAUACGAAAUGCGAAAGCGGCGAAAUUACAAAGAUUUAUGUUUGAAGGAAGAGAAAUUAAGCUGGUGCAGAGAUGCGCCGCGUUCAUUACUAUGAAUCCCGGAUAUGCGGGAAGAACGGAGUUACCUGAUAAUUUGAAAGCACUCUUUAGACCAGUUUCCAUGAUGGUCCCGGAUUAUGCUUUAAUUGCCGAGGUAACUUUAUACUCGGAAGGUUUUGAGUCAUCCAAAAUAUUAUCGCAUAAAAUGGUUCAAAUGUAUAAGCUAUGUAGCGAGCAAUUGUCUCUACAAGAUCACUAUGAUUUUGGAAUGCGAGCUGUAAAAAGUGUAUUGGUAAUGGCCGGUACACUUAAGCGUGCGUCUCCUGAUCGUAACGAGGAGAUUGUGCUGAUAUGCGCCUUGCGAGAUAGUAAUCUACCUAAGUUUUUGACGGACGAUGCAGUGUUAUUUCAAGGUAUAUUGAGCGAUCUAUUCCCCGGUGUAACACUACCGGUUCAAGAGUAUGGGGACUUUUUAGUCGCAAUUGAAAACAGCUUGGAGGCGCAAAACUUACAAACCGAGGCGUCUAUGGCUAAAAAAAUAAUCCAGUUAUACGAAACCAUGAUCGUACGUUGGGGAGUUAUGUUAGUCGGUCCUACUGGUGGAGGAAAGAGUUCGAUACUUUAUACCUUAAAACUGGCGUUGGAAAAAAUGCAUCACGACGGAUUUGAAGGUCCAUACUACAGACCUGUUCAUACAUAUAUUAUGAACCCUAAAGCCGUAACCGCCGGCGAGCUGUACGGUGAAGUUAAUCCAUUUACACUAGAAUGGCGCGAUGGCCUAAUGGGAAUAAUGGUGCGCACAUCUGUUCAGAGUACCAACGACGAUCAUCAAUGGGUCAUAUGCGACGGACCGGUGGAUGCAGUUUGGAUAGAAAACUUAAAUACCGUUUUGGAUGAUAACAAAAUGUUGUGUUUAGCUAAUUCUGAAAGGAUAAAGCUAACACCUUAUGUGCAUAUGGUAUUUGAAGUUCAAGAUUUAACCCAAGCGUCUCCUGCUACAGUAAGUCGCUGCGGUAUGGUGUAUGUAGAUCCAGAUGAGUUAAAAUGGCUUCCCUAUGUUAAGUCGUGGGCUGUCACAUUAAGUGAACGAUUCUUGAACCAAGAAAUGAAAGAGUACGUGGUUAGCUUAUUUGAAUAUGCCGUGGAGCACGGUUUAGUGUUCAUGAAACGCUACUGCCAGCACUCAAUCCACCAGGUUGAAGUGAGUAAAGCUACCGCAAUCUGUAAGCUGAUUGAAAGCGUCAUUUCAAUACCGGGCAUGAUUGAACGGGUUGGGGAGAAAAGCCGAGUUCGUAACUUUGUCUGCCAAAUCUUUAUUUUCGCUUAUCUUUGGGGCGCCGGAGGAAAUUUAUUAGAUGCGUCGCGCGAAAAAUUUGAGACAUAUGUUCAUGACCAAUUCGACGAAUUUCCCGAUGCAAAGUUGCCUCCUGGAGCUAACUUAUGGGAUUUGUUUCCUAGCACGGCCGCGCGCCGUCUUGAACCGUGGGUGAAGAUAAUACCGACUUUUACUUACGAUAGUACAACUCCUUUCUUUGAAAUGUUGGUACCGACAAUAGAUACCAUUCGAUUUGGGUACAUUAUGAAGAAAUUAGUUGAGACUAAAUAUCCUGUUCUAUUCACAGGUGAUACUGGAGUGGGGAAGUCAGUAAUAGCAAAAGAGGUUUUAAACAGCUUAUUUGAGAUGGGAUCAUGGAUACCUAUAACUUUGAAUUUUUCUGCUCAGACUAGCAGCUUGCGCACCCAAGAAAUGCUAGAGGCGAAACUGGAUAAACGUAAAAAGACAUUACUUGGCGCGCCAAUUGGAAAACGCGUCGUAUUGUUCGUUGACGACGUCAAUAUGCCCAAAUUGGAAAAAUAUGGUGCUCAACCUCCAAUUGAGUUAUUGAGGCAAUUUCUAGAUUUUGGAGGAUUGUACGAUAGAGAGAAGCUCUUUUGGAAAGCGAUCGUUGACGUAGUAAUUACAGCCGCUUGUGCACCGCCGGGCGGCGGUCGAAAUCCGCUAACGCCACGUUUCGUUCGUCAUUUCGGCAUGUUUUUUAUCCCACCUCCGAACGAGUACUCGUUGAAAGCAAUUUUUAAAGCAAUAAUGCGAGGCUUUCUUUUUGAUUUUGCAAAUCCUGUACGUGAUUUAGCCGAUUCAUUAGUAAAUGCUGCGGUUGACGUUUAUAAUCGAAUUGCCGAAGACUUAUUACCGACGCCCGCAAAGUCGCACUACGUUUUUAAUUUAAGAGAUUUGUCAAAAUGCGUGCAAGGAGUUUUGCAGGCCGAUUCGGGUAGCUUAAGGGAAGCCAACCAAAUUAUGAGAUUAUUUUACCAUGAGUGUUUGAGGGUGUUUCAUGAUCGUUUAAUUAACGAUGAGGAUAAGUCGUAUUUUUAUUUUUUAAUGAAGGAGGUGUGUGGUCGUUCUUUUGGAACUCCUGUGCUUCAAUUACCCGACGAGCCAAUCAUUCACCACCCGCCCAUUCUGCUUUUUGGAGAUUUUAUUGUUUUUGGAGCUGCUCGUGAAGAUCGGAUAUAUGAAGAGUUACAAGAUGUUAAUAAACUAAAAAACAUGUUGCAGGAAUAUUUGGAAGAUUACAAUCUUACUACCUCAAAAGAAAUGCACCUUAUAUUCUUUGUUGACGCCAUGGAGCACACUUGUCGAUUGUCUCGUAUAUUGCGGUCGGAACGAGGCAAUGGUUUAUUGGUAGGUGUCGGUGGAAUGGGCAAACAAAGUUUGACACGAUUGGCAUCACAUAUCAACGGCUAUAAAUGUUUUCAAAUUGAACUGACAAGAAACUAUGACCAUAACAGCUUUUUCGAAGAUCUGAGGAAAUUAUAUUUCAAUGCCGGCGCUGUCAAUGAAAAUACGGUGUUUCUAUUUACAGAUACACAAAUUGUUCAGGAAGAAUUCCUAGAAGACGUUAAUAACAUAUUAAAUUCGGGUGAAGUUCCGAAUUUAUUCGAAGCGGAUGAGUUAGAGAAGGUAAUAAUUGCAACAAGACCGGCGGCGAAGGAGGCGGGAGUUAGUGAAGGAAACCGAGAUCUCAUAUUUACAUAUUUCAUUAAUCGUGUUAGAAGAAAUCUUCACCUUUCUCUUUGUAUGAGUCCUGUAGGAGACGCAUUUAGAAGGCGUUGUCGUAUGUUUCCAUCCUUAGUCAAUUGUUGUACUAUUGACUGGUUCUCUAAAUGGCCUGAAGAGGCAUUACUAUCAGUUGCACAGAAUAGUUUAAAAGAGAUAGGCAAAUCAGAUGUGGUAGAUAAAUUAGCAAACAUGUGCGUAGUUAUGCACAAAAGUGUCGAAGACAUGACUGUACGAUUUUAUGCGGAAAUGAAGCGUCAUUAUUAUACAACUCCUAGCAGUUAUUUGGAAUUGUUAAAGUUAUAUCUGAAUAUGCUAGUAGACAAGCGACAGUUGAUACAAAAAACUAGCGAUAGAAUUGCCAAUGGCCUACAGAAACUUUACGAAACCAAUUCCAUUAUUGACGCAAUGAAAGAAGAGCUAACCGCGAUGGAACCUAUUUUGGCGGAGAAAUCGGUCGCGAUCGCGAAACUUAUGGUAAAUUUGACUGCAAAACAGGAGCAGGCGGAUAAAGUACGAACGAUUGUCAAAGCAGACGAAGAUUCCGCGAAGGUUAAAGCGGCAGAAACGCAAGCCAUUGCCGACGAUGCUCAACGUGAUUUAGAUGUCGCGCUCCCUGCAAUCGAAGCGGCAACCAGAGCUUUAGAAUCUCUUAACAAAAAUGAUAUAAAUGAACUGAAGGUUUUUCAAAAGCCUCCAGAUUUAGUGCGAUUUGUAAUGGAAUCGGUGUGCCUAUUGCUGGGCUCAAAAACCGACUGGGCAUCAGCAAAAGUUGUGAUGGGCGAUGUCAAUUUUUUAAAAAGGCUACAGGAGUACAACAAAGAUAACAUACCCGACUCUCUGUUAAAAAAACUAAAAGUUUACAUCGACAAUGUCGAUUUUAUACCCGAAAAGGUGGCAAAAGUAUCUGCAGCUUGUAAAAGCUUGUGCAUGUGGGUUCGUGCGAUCGAUACUUACGCCAAAGUUUACAAAGUUGUCGAACCUAAACGCCGACGGUUGCACGACGCCGAAGUUGAAUUAAAUGAUGUUAUGGGAGUUUUGAAGGCGAAACAACAACAGUUGGCAGAUGUUGAGGCAAUGAUCCAAUCUUUACAAGAUGAUUUUGAGGCCUCUGUGGCGGAGAAAAGAUAUUUGGAAGACACUAUGGCGCUUACUGCAGUUCGCUUGGUACGAGCUGGUAAACUGAACGUUGCUUUGGGCGAUGAACAAAUAAGAUGGGAAAUUGGUGUAAAGAAUUUUGCCAUACAGUUAAGCAACUUAAUAGGAGACAUCCUAAUCUCAGCGGGCUGUGUGGCCUACAUGGGGGCGUUCACAAGCACCUAUCGCAAAAAUUUAAUUACAGAAUGGACCGAAAAGUGCAAACUAAUAGAAAUUCCAUAUUCCGAUAAUUACAGUUUAGUAACAGUGCUGGCGGAUCCUUACAGUAUACGAAUUUGGAAUGCUUGCGGCCUCCCACGAGACACUAUCUCAACCGAGAACGCGAUACUUGUCACACAAGCGCGGAGAUGGCCGCUGAUGAUCGAUCCGCAAGAACAGGCCAACCGCUGGAUACGACAGAUGGAGGGUCAGCAGCUACGGAUAACGAAGCUAACUGACAGCAACUUCUUACGUAUAUUGGAGACAGCUAUUCGUAUAGGACUUUCCGUAUUGCUGGAAGAAGUGGAAGAAACCUUGGAUCCCACAUUGGCACCUAUUUUGCUUAAGCAAACUUUUCUUCAGGGUGGAAGGAUGUUAAUCAGACUGGGAGACUCUGAUAUUGAGUACGACUCGAAUUUUCGAUUUUACAUAACCACAAAAUUAUCAAACCCUCAUUAUUUGCCAGAAAUUUGUAUUCAAGUUACUAUCGUCAACUUUACCGUAACACCGUCCGGAUUAGAAGAUCAAUUAUUAGCAGAUGUUGUCCGGCUUGAGCGGCCCGACUUUGAAAAACAACGUACCGAACUUAUAACGCGAAUAAAUAAUGAUAAAGGUCAAUUGAAGGCGAUCGAGGAUAAGAUUUUAAGAUUGUUGUUUGCGUCAGAGGGUAACAUUUUGGAUGACGAAGAGUUAAUUGAGACUCUAAAUGAAAGCAAGGAAACAUCCGCAAUUAUAGCGGCUCGACUUACGGAGACGGAAGCGACGGAAGAAAAGAUAUCGAUUGCUCGAGAAAAGUAUCGUCCAGUCUCAACGAGAGGUUCUGUAUUGUAUUUUGUGGUGGCUGUACUUGCAGAAAUUGAUCCGAUGUACCAAUUUUCCCUGAAGUAUUUCAACCAGAUAUUCUGCAAUGUUAUUCAAAUCAGCGAGAAAGACGACCAUUUGCCGAAUCGUUUGCAAAUAUUAAAUCGAGAAAUUACUUUGGCAAUGUACAUAAACGUUUCACGCAGUUUGUUCGAGAGACACAAGCUAGUCUUUAGUUUUAUGGUGUGUGUCGCCAUUCUUCUUCAGCAAGGAACAAUAUCGGAAUCUCAGUACAAUUACUUAUUAAGAGGACCUGUCGGUUUUAAGUCGCCUAUGGAUAAAAAACCGAAUUGCACAUUAUUGACUGACCCUAUAUGGCUGGCGGUUAAAUAUCUAGCCUUUGCUUUUGAACCUUUUAAGUACCUACCCGACGAUAUUCUCUCACGAAUAACUGUCACAAUUGGAGGCUACGAUCAGACUAUCGAGUUUAUACCAAACUCGCUAAAUAGUAAAAUUGGUUGGAACAGCCACUUGGACGACUUUGAAAAGUUAAUGCUACUUAAAACAUUGCGCGAAGAAAAGUUGGUGUUUGGUAUCACCGAAUAUGUUAGAAUACACUUAGGACAAAAAUUUGUAGAGAGUCCCGCAAUUUCGUUGUCCGUCUUAUAUAAAGAUAUCUCCAAUUCUGUACCAUUGAUAUUUGUAUUAAGUGCAGGAUCAGAUCCUUUCGGAGCCUUUCAUAGAUUUGCAACGGACAUGGGAUACCAAGAGAGAAUUUUGUCAAUUUCAUUAGGGCAAGGUCAAGGACCGGUUGCGGAAAAAUUAAUCGAGACCGGUAAAAAUAACGGAAGUUGGGUCUUUUUGCAGAACUGCCAUCUGGCGACGUCGUGGAUGUUGCCAAUGGAAAGAAUAAUACUUGCAAUCGUCGAAGAUUCAUCUAAAGUGCACACAGACUUUCGUUUAUUUAUGAGCUCUAUGCCGUCGCGAACGUUCCCAGUUUCUGUGUUACAAAAUGCGGUUAAGGUCACAAAUGAACCGCCUAAAGGACUACGAACCAACGUGAAGAGAGCUUUGGAAGAAAUGCUCGAUACGUUCUUUGAAGAUCAUCCAUUAGGACAGGAUUGGAGAAAGGUCCUUUUUGGAUUGUGUAUGUUUCACGCAGUUAUACAAGAACGUAAAAAGUUUGGACCGUUAGGUUGGAAUAUUAUUUACGAAUUCAACAAUAGCGAUCGCGAGUUUGCGUUUAGUACUCUACGGAUGUAUUGCGAUAUAGGAUUUAUUCCGUGGGACGCCUUGGAGUACAUAACAGGUGAAAUUACCUACGGUGGUCGUGUGACAGACUCUUGGGAUUUAAGAUGUUUAAAAACCAUCUUGAAAGGAUUUUUCUCUCCCUCUACUUUGGAACCAGGAUAUACGUAUUCAAAAUCCGGUGUUUAUUAUUGUCCAGAAUAUGAAAAAUUGGAGGAGUAUAGAGACUUUGUCGACACAUUCCCUAUCAUAGAAGAGCCUGAGAUAUUCGGAAUGCACGAAAAUGCAAAUAUCGCUUACCAGACAAAAGAAACUCAAACGGUUAUAAGAACUAUGAUUGAUUGCCAGCCCAGCACAAGUGGAGGUGGUGAAGGUAAAUCUGCGGACGAGAUUGCUUUUGAAUUAGCAGAAGGGGUAAUACAAUCUAUUAUUAAAAAAAUAUACACCGACAAUGCCCAUCCACAUCUAUUCAAGAGAGAUAAAAAGGAUCGCUUACCUUCUUUAACCACCGUCUUAAUGCAAGAAGUAGAUAGAUUUAAUAAACUUCUUGCACUUAUUCACUCAUCUAUGAAUAACCUUCAGAAAGCAAUAAAGGGCUUUGUUGUUAUGUCUGAACAACUGGAAGAAGUGUAUAGAGCUUUUCUAAAUAAUCAAGUACCCAUAAUGUGGUCAUCGAAAUCAUAUCCAUCAUUAAAAAGUCUAGGCAGCUGGGUGCACGAUCUGGAACUGAGGCUAGAUUUCAUUUGUAUAUGGAUUGAACAUUACCAUCCGCCGUCUUACUGGCUAUCCGGAUUUUAUUUCACACAAGGAUUCUUAACUGGUACUUUACAAACACACGCCCGCAAAUAUGACUUGCCAAUAGACCAACUUAAAUAUGACUUUGUAAUGCAAAAACUGUUCAUAGAUCAAGAGCUCAUAAAAAUUACGCACGACGCUGAAAAGAGAGAGGUUGCAUCAGCUUACGGAGACUUAACGGUACCUCUUGAUGGUGUGCUUAUCCACGGCUUAUUUGUCGAUGCGGGUCUCUUCGAUAAUCUCAGCAUGACAUUGGUUGAUCCAAAUCCAGGUGAAAUUAAUCCACCACUACCAGCAGUGUUAUUUUUGCCAACAACAAAAACACCAAGCAUCGAGAAUCGUUACAUCUGCCCAUUGUAUAAAACUUCAGUGCGUGCCGGAACAUUGUCGACAACCGGUCAUAGUACGAAUUUCGUCACAGCUAUUCUACUUCCAUCCCAAAAACCGCAAAGCCAUUGGAUAUUAAAAGGGACCGCCUUAUUAACUCAAGUUACUGAUUAAAGUUUAUUUGUAAAUCA